AUGGGGAAGGUGCUGAGGAUGGGGGCCCAGGAGAGGCGGUUACUGCGACCCAAGCGGCUUCAAUGGAGUCGUUUCCUCUUCCUGUUAGGAAUGUUGAUCAUCAGCUCCACCUAUCAGCACCUGAGGAGACCCCGGGGCCUUUCCUCACUGUGGACAGAGGUCUCUUCCCAACAGUCUAUAAAAUUGGCCAGCCGGGACCUGUCCAGCGAUGAGAUGGUGGUGAAUGAUCAUCCUCUGAAAGCUAGCUCAGAAAUGGAGGGGGAGACACUGGCACCCCAAGCCACAGACACCACUGAUGAAGCAGCACCUAGCAGAACCAUGGACAGCCCUCGUAGUAUACCCAGAACCACCAACGAGAUCACUCCACCAGCACCAAAGAAUAAUUACAGCCCAACAGCCACACGCACAGAAAGAGCGAGGGAAAACCCCCUACCCACACCUACUGGAGUACUAAAUCACAACACCCCAACUUCAAGUGGACAAAUGGGAAGAUAUUACACCCCAACACCCAAGGGAGAAAGGAAGAGCAGCAGCCCAACACAAGCCAGGGGAAAGGAAAAGAAAUACACCCCAUCCCCUUCUGGGGAAAUGGAUACUUCCGUACCUUCCAUAUCCAUGGCCACAGAAAUAAGCCACGUGACCAGGGCAACGGAGAAAGACAGUGCACCUUGGAGAGCCAAUAAGAUACUGGAGACCAGCUCUUCCAAGAGAAUUCUGCAAGACACCCCUGCAGUGACUCCCAAGCAAAUAGUUCCGAGCACCCCAACUCUCCUGACCCCUGAGGUGGUAGAAACAAGCACCUUAACUUCUCCAAGGAGUAGCAUGGAAACAAACACCCUGACCAGCUCCAAAAGGCUGGAAGGUAAUCACAACCCAGUCAGUUUCUGGAGGGCAAUGGGGAAAAACCUCCAGACAACUCCCCAGGGGGCAAUCCUGGACCACCCCUCAGCUCUCUCUGAGGGACCAGUGACCCUCAACACCGUGGCAGGCAACAUCCUGGCAAAAAUCAAAGCAUCUUCUGCUCCCCAGAAUACAAGGAGACCUGCACCCGAGACCAGUAUACCUCCUAUUAGAACACCCUCAGCCACCACCUGGGAACUGACCAAACACCCUUCCACAGCACCCAGCACCCCAGGAGUCCCCAAAGUCAAAGCAAACCCAACCACUCAAGUCAGUCACUGUGUGUUUGUGGAGCCAGCCCCAGCGCUGCCCAUCGCCCCCUCCCCAAGCCUCACAACGGCCAUGCUUCCAGAAGCGCCUAGCCCCUCAGUGCUGCUACCCAGUUGGCCUGAGCUUCACCCCAAGGCAGAGUACCCUCCAGAUCUGUUUAGCGUGGAGGAGCGGCAACAGGGCUGGGUAGCUCUGCACAUCUUUGGCAUGAUGUACGUGUUUGUAGCCUUGGCUAUUGUAUGCGACGAAUAUUUUGUCCCAGCCCUGGGCGUGAUCACCGACAAACUCCAGAUCUCCGAGGAUGUGGCAGGUGCUACGUUCAUGGCUGCAGGAGGCUCGGCCCCUGAGCUCUUCACCUCCCUCAUCGGCGUCUUCAUUUCCCAUAGCAACGUGGGCAUCGGAACCAUUGUGGGCUCGGCUGUGUUCAACAUCCUCUUUGUCAUUGGCACCUGUGCCCUGUUCUCCCGGGAGAUCCUCAACCUCACCUGGUGGCCCUUAUUCCGUGAUGUGUCCUUCUACAUCCUGGAUCUCUCCAUGCUCAUCAUCUUCUUCUUGGACAGCCUCAUUGCCUGGUGGGAGAGUCUGCUGCUGCUGCUGGCCUAUGCCCUCUAUGUGUUCACAAUGAAGUGGAACAAGCAGAUUGAGCUCUGGGUGAAAGAGCAGCUCAGCAGGAGGCCCGUGGCCAAGGUCAUGGCUUUGGGGGACUUCAGCAAGCCCAGUGAUGGAGUGGUGACUGAACAACAGCAGGACAACAAGAAGCUGAAGCUCCCGUCCAUGCUGAUCCGAGGGAGCAGUUCAGCCUCUCUGCACAACAGCAUCAUCCGCAGUACCAUCUUCCACCUCAUGAUCCACAGCCUGGACCCCCUGGGGGAAGCCCGAGCCUCCAAGGACAAGCAGGAGAGCUUGAACCAGGAGGCCAGAGCCCAGCCCCAGGCCAAGGCAGAAUGCAAACCAGAAGAGGAGGAGCCAGCCGAGCUCCCUGCGGUCACGGUCACUCCAGCCCCUGCUCCAGACGUCAAGGGAGAUCAGGAGGAAGAUCCUGACAGUCAGGAAGGCGUGCCUGGAGCAGACAGCAAAAGAGAAGUGACAGGUGAAGAGGGUGGAACUCCUGGUGAAGGUGGAACUGAAGAGAAAAGUGGAGGAGAAACUCAACCAGAAGGUGAAGGGGAAAGUGAAGGAGAAGGAGACGGAGAUGAACAUGAAGGGGAAACUGAAGCAGAAGGAAAAGCAGAUGAACAUGAAGGAGAAAUCCAAGCAGGGGAUGGUGACAUACAAAGUGAAGAAGGUGAAACUGACCUCCAGGGAAUUGAUGCCGAGAAUCAAGGUGAAGCGACCAACGGGGAGGAGAAAGGUGCAGAUGGUGAAGGGGGAAGUGAUGGAGGGGAGAGUGAAGAAGAGGAGGAGGAAGAUGAAGAGGACGAUGAAGAGGAGGAAGAGGAGGAGGAAGAGGAGGAGAGAGACGAGGAGCCUCUGUCCCUGGAAUGGCCUGCCACCAGGCAGAAGCAAGCCAUUUACCUCUUCCUCCUGCCCAUUGUGUUCCCACUGUGGCUGACAAUACCUGAUGUCCGCAGGGAGGAAUCCAGGAAGUUUUUUGUUAUCACCUUCCUGGGAUCCAUCAUUUGGAUAGCCAUGUUCUCAUACCUCAUGGUGUGGUGGGCUCACCAGGUUGGUGAAACCAUAGGUAUUUCUGAAGAGAUUAUGGGUUUGACAAUCUUAGCAGCAGGCACAUCGAUUCCUGACCUCAUCACAAGUGUGAUCGUUGCUCGGAAAGGCCUGGGAGACAUGGCUGUGUCAAGCUCGGUGGGCAGUAACAUAUUUGACAUCACUGUGGGCUUGCCUGUUCCCUGGCUGCUUUUCUCUCUUAUCAAUGGAUUACAGCCUGUUCCAGUCAGCAGCAAUGGCCUGUUCUGUGCAAUCGUCUUGCUGUUUCUCAUGCUCCUGUUUGUGAUUUCUUCAAUUGCAUCAUGCAAGUGGAGAAUGAACAAGAUCCUGGGCUUCACAAUGUUCCUUCUUUAUUUUAUAUUUCUGAUCAUCAGCGUGCUGCUGGAAGACCGAAUCAUAUCCUGUCCUGUAUCUGUCUGA